AUCCGAACUAAAAUUCCCUCCUUCCCUCGUUCCCUGGUUUUCUCCUCCCUUUCCCAACCCCUCUCUUUCCCUCUCAUCCUAACUCAGAUCCCUACUCUCUUUCUCUCUCUAGAAAAUCUCUCUCUCUCUCUCUCUCUCUCUCUCUCUCUCUCUCUCUCUGCUUGAUUGAUUAUCUCUGAUUCCACAGAUUCUCAAGUUCUCUCAACACAAUCUCUCUUGGAUCCUCUCGGAAGCAGUGUUCGAAUGUCUGGCGCUCGAGCCGCCAAUCACACGGCGGCGGCGGCGCUGCCUGCGGCGGCUGGUGGCCAGAUCCCGCAGCCGCUGAAGCGCCGCCUCCCGUUCUCGACUAAGCCGCCUUUUGUUCCUCCCAACGACUACCACCGCUUCUCCGGUGACCCUUGUGUCGGUGCUGCCGAUCGUGAAGUCGAAGCUAUUGUUGUCAAAUCUCCACUAUUGAAGCGGAAGAGUAGAACGGACGAUAAUGAAGUUGAAUCCAGCAACUGGACUGCUAGUCCUGGAUACGCUGAUAUAGUUAACAGUCCAAUCUGUACCCCAGUGUCUGGAAAAGGGGGAAGGAUAGGUGGAAGGUCAAAGGUCUCAAGGGGCAACAGAUCGGGGCCGCAAACCCCAGUCUCAAAUGCUGGUUCCCCUUCUCCUCUGACUCCAGCUAGCAGUUGUCGUUAUGACAGUUCCCUUGGUCUUUUGACAAAGAAGUUCAUCAAUUUGAUUAAGCAUGCAGAAGAUGGUGUUCUUGAUCUGAACAAUGCUGCAGACACUUUGGAGGUCCAAAAAAGGCGGAUAUACGACAUAACAAAUGUCCUGGAAGGAAUUGGCCUUAUCGAAAAGAAGCUCAAGAAUAGAAUUCGUUGGAAGGGAAUUGAUGUUUCAAGGCCAGGAGAGGUUGGUGUUGAUGCUGGCUUGAUACAGGAAGAUAUUCAAAGACUUUCCAUGGAAGAGAGUGGAUUAGAUGCUCAAAUAAGAGAAAUGCAGGAAAAAUUGAGGAGUUUAAGUGAAGAUGAGAACAACCAGAAGUGGCUUUUUGUGACUGAAGAAGAUAUCAAGGGCCUACCAUGCUUUCAGAAUGAGACCCUCAUAGCAAUUAAAGCACCACAUGGAACCACUUUGGAAGUCCCAGAUCCUGACGAAGCUGUUGAUUAUCCACAAAGAAGAUACAGAAUAGUCCUUAGAAGCACAAUGGGCCCCAUUGAUGUCUACCUUGUCAGUCAAUUUGAGGAGAAGUUUGAGGAAAUGAGUAGCGUUGAGCCACCUAUAAGCCUCCCUCCUGCUUCGAGUUCAGGAUCUAGUGAGAACCCAACAAGAGAUAUGGUUGCCUUGGAGAACAGUGGGAAGGACAUAGAACCUGUGGCACAGGAUUGUCAUAGACUAAGCUCUGAUUUUAAUGCUUCACAGGAGAGUCUUGGGGGAAUGAUGAAGAUUCUUCCCUCAGACAUGGAUACUGAUGCAGAUUACUGGCUUCUCUCAGAUGCUGAUGUUAGCAUUACAGAUAUGUGGAGAAUGGAGUCUGGUGCCCCAAUUAUAGAAGGUGUUGAAUGGAAUGGGAUGGAUAUGCUACAUACAGAGUUUGGGAUGGUUGAUGUCAGUACACCCCGACCGCAAACUCCUCCCUCUGGUAUUGCAGAAGUACCAUCUGCUGCUGUUAAUUCUUCACAGAAAUGAGUGGGAUUUUCCCGACAAGAUGGAUAGACCAGGAAAUUCAAGUUUCCAGACAUGAGCAACCUUUCUUGCCUUUAAAAUUCUCUUCUAGAUAACUGAUUAAUCGGGAAGCAAAAUGGCAGCAGGUUGCUUACAAAUGUGUACUGGGAAGCUUGUGGAAGCAGUUGAUGUAUAGUGAGCUGAAGAUUUCUGCUGUAGUGCAUGAGUGGAGCAAUAUGCAUGACCCCUCCGGUAAUGUUAGUUUAUAUGGAAAAAAGCUACCUUUUGAUAUUCCAAGCAGAAGUGGAUGUUUAAGAUGGAGUGAGUUUUAACCAGCUGCAUAACUUCACUUUGCAUGCAUCCCUUGUGAUGUUAUGCAGAUGGUUCCUGGGGCUCUAUCUUUUGGACGCCAAACACCAAGUCGAUCCAUGCCCACAGAAUUCUACAACUAUAUUCUGCUGCAAGGCCUAAAUUGUUCUCUCCUUGUACUAUCAUAGGCAUUUGAUACAGACUACGCAGCAUUUCAUCAUUAAUCGUUUAAAAAUGAUUUUUAUAUUCAGAUGUAUUUAGGGUGACUAUAUUGCUUCACUGAGUAGCGGGGCAGCAUUUUGUGUAGGUCUUAAAAAUUGAUGUCUGGAUGAACUUCAAGUGUAAUUUAGUGAUGGCAGGCAAAGCCUAGUGUAAGAGUAGAAAUUGGAUCUUCAAAUGCAGCAAAUUUCCUCGAGCCAUCACGGUAGCUCUCUUCUGCAACGG